UUGCGCAAUUCAUUCUUCGGCUGCUCCGCCAAUCCCACCGCUGCCUCUUUCACUUACCCUGCGGCAAACAAAGAGGAGUAGGUAGUAGGCCGAAGAGCCGCCGAGAUGGUGUCGCAGCACGGCAUCAAACUUGCCGUUUAUCUUGUAUCCUCUUUCUACGGAGAUCAUAAUUCUAAAGUUUGUGAAUGUCUUCUCCGGAGGGGAACCCUAACCUUAGCGCAAAUUAUACGGUUCACCGAACUCAGUCGAGAGAUUGUGAGGCAUUGUUUACUAGCCUUAAUCCAUCAAAACUGCGUUCAAGCCUUCUCAAUCCAACAAGAAGGUGCUUUCGGAGAGGCUCCAAAGGUUGUAACACACUACAUGGCUUUAUUUGACAACAUAAUCCACCACAUGAGGUUUCCAAAGUUCAUUGCAAUUGUAAAAGAUGAGCUUGGUGGAGAAUGUGAAAAGGUUUUUGAAGCUUUACUUCAACAUGGUAGACUAUCUUUCAAUCAAAUUGUUGACAGAGAGAAACAGACUGUGAGUAAAGAAGAAAAUUUUGAUGUGGACCAUGUAAAAGAAAGCUUUAAUAAACUUGUCAAUGGCCGAUUUGUGGAGCGGUGCCCUGCUCCUGAACCAUUUCUUGCUCCACCCUCCGACGAAGAAACUCCUGCUAAGAAGCGAGGUGCCAAGUCCACGAAGGUUGGUGAUGUAUCUGAGAGCAUUGAGCAACGUGCUUUGGCAGCAGCAGCUCCGAUGGAGUCAUUAAGAUUUUUAGCUGAAACACACAAUUGGAGUGAUUUUUCUGACAAAAGCAGUGAGGAAAAGUUUACCUCUGUGAAAACUGGGGAGAAGAGGAAGCAAGAUUUUCUAGAGACAGAUGGCGGCCUGCUGGAUCAAGAAGAAAAGAAAGAAGUCCUUUGGCGUGUCAAUUUUGAAGAACUUGUACGACGUUUGAGGCAUCAGGCUUGCAUUGCCAAUGCAAAAUCUCGGCUUAAUGAUGAAUGUGGCAUUAUCCUUGGUGCAAUUCUGGAGUUAACUAGAAGUUCAGAGAGUAAAGUGAACAUUGGAAGCACAGCUUCUGUGUCAAUAAAUGAUAUUUAUGAUGAGGUGAUAAAGAAGAAAGGGGGUCUUGGCAUGAACUUGGAACGUAUAAGAGCUUCACUAGUUGAACUGGGUUGUGAAAUGCCCAUGCUAGUUGAAGAAUAUAGCAUUGAUUUGAAGAGCAUAAUUGACAUGGCUCAGAAUGAAGAGGUGGAAUCUAUUGUAUUGAAACGAUAUGGAAGAGAAGCCUAUAGGAUGUUCAGGUUCCUUUCGAAGUCUGGCCGCCUUCAUGAGACUGAUAAGAUUGCAGAUACCACGUUUGUUGAGAAGAAAGAUGCUAUCAAGAUUCUUUAUAAGUUGUGGAAAGAUGACUACUUGCAGAUGGAGAAAGUUACUGUGAAUGGAGCUAGGCAGACACAUUUCUUGUUGUGGAAAGUUAAUAGGCAGUCUCUUUGCCAACAUGUUUUAGAUGAAAUGUACCACGCUGCUUUAAACCUGAGACUUCGUAUUGCACACGAGCUGGACCAAGAAAAAGAGAUUCUUCAGAUGCCUAAAGACAAGGUCGGAGAGGUAGAGGAAUUGCGCAAAAGAUACAUGCGCUUAAAGAAAGUCAGCAUUAUUUACGAAUCGUCCUUGAUGAAUCUUGAUGAUGCGCUGAUGCUCUUUCAUGACUUCUAGAUGCAGGACUUAAUUUUUUUUUUUUUUUUACUUACUAUUCUUUUUGUUUUCUUUGUUAAACUUAUUGUGUAUAAAAAACUUACACCACCCCGUCAGAAAUUCAUAGCCUCGAUACACUGGUGACUAGUAGUAUUGAUACAGACACGUUAGUGGGGAGUAAGACAAAUACAUUUUAAUUUCACAUAUUAUUCGGGCAAACAGGUGACUAGUAUAUUAAGAGA